CCCCCAUCUGUUUGUCUGUAUCUCCUUCCCCCUCCUCCUGUUUCUGUGCUGAGUUCUCUUCCUGUCUCUCUGGUUGUCAGCGCCAUGUUACUGUUCUGACCGCGGAUCAGCAACAAGUCUCCGGAGGAGGGCCGGACAGGAGCCUGCGGGAAGAGAUGGCUGACAGCUAGCAAGGUACACACAUGACCAUGAUGGCUCAGUUUCCCACAGCCAUGAAUGGUGGUCCAAAUAUGUGGGCUAUCACUUCUGAUGAGCGAGUCAAACAUGACCAGCAGUUUUUAAAUCUUAAACCAGUUGGAGGGUUACUUUCAGGUGACCAAGCUCGAAAUUUCUUUCUGCAGUCUGGUUUGCCAAAGUUAGUACUGGCUGAAAUAUGGACCCUGGCAGACCUGAACAAGGACGGAAAGAUGGACCAGCAAGAAUUUUCCAUAGCAAUGAAACUAAUCAAGAUGACCCUUCAAGGUCACCUAAUGCCGAAGACACUUCCAACUGUUAUGAAACACCCACCAAUCCCUUCACCCUUGGGCUCUGCACGAUUUGGGAUGGGAAGUAUGCCAAAUCUAUCAGUCCCACCAAACAUGCCUUCAUUUGCUUCCUUGGCUCCCACAUCAUCAUUGACCUCAGGGACAACAAUGCCACCUUUGGGUAUGUCAGUUCCCCUGCUUCCUGCUGUUAGUACAUCAGCAUUGCCAAAUGGUACAUCUAUUCUUAUACCUCCAAUGUCUGCACAGAGUUCUGCAACACUCCCCAAUUCUGGACCUCUGAGGCAGCCUUUAGCAGGAUUUGGAGGCACUGGCCUGCAGAAGGCUCAGUCAUUGAUUGAUCUUGGCUCCAGCAGCAGUUCAUCAUCAUCUAAUACUUCUCUCGCGUCACCAAAAGUGAGUUCCUCUGACUGGGGAGUUCCUCAGUCUGCAAGGCUCAAAUAUCGACAGUUGUUCAAUAGCCUUGAUAAAUCCAUGAGUGGCUACCUCUCGGGACCCCAAGCUAGAAAUGCUCUUGUACAGUCCAAUUUGUCUCACAACCAACUAGCUACCAUAUGGAACCUGGCAGAUAUUGAUCAGGAUGGAAAGCUCAAAGCAGAAGAGUUUAUUUUAGCAAUGUACUUAAUUGAAAUGGCCAAGUCUGGUCUACCUCUUCCUCUCUCACUUCCUCCAGAACUGACACCACCACCUUUUAGAACAAGCAAAUGGGGUGAUGGAAUAAAUGGAGCCCCAACUCAGCAUCAGGAUGUUACACAGGAACUCCAAGAAGCUCAGAAAAAAUCACCUGUCACUUUUGAGGAUAAAAGAAAAGCUAACUAUGAAAAAGGCAAUGUAGAGCUGGAGCGCAGGCGUCAGACCCUUCUAGAGCAGCAACAACGAGAGGCUGAUCGAAGAGCACAGCGGGCCAGGGAGGAACAGGAGAGAAAGGAGCGUGAGCUACAAGAGCAGGAACGGAAAAAACAACUUGAUCUGGAGAAACGAUUGGAGAAGCAACGUGAGUUGGAAAGACAAAAGGAGGAGCAAAGGAGGAAAGAAAUUGAAAAACGAGAGGCAGCUAAGCAGGAACUUGAACGUCAGCGUCAGCUCGAGUGGGAGCGGAUUCGACGACAAGAACUCCUAAAUCAACGAAACCGGGAACAAGAUGAGAUUGUCCAGUUAAAGGCCAAGAAAAAAAGUCUGGAACUUGAACUAGAGGCAUUAAGUGAGAAACAGCAAAAUGUCACCAGCAGAGUUCAAGAAGUCCGAAGCAGAAAGGAAGUUCAAAAAAAUGAACUGGAUCUCGUAAAUCAGAAACACGACCAGAGACGAAUAGAAGUGAACCAUUUACAACAACAACUCAAGGAAUUUCAGAAAACAUUGAAUCAAUUAAUUCCUGAAAAGCAAGCACUGGGUGACCAAAUGAAACAAAUUCAGCCUUGCUCUGCUUACACUACGAGUAUCGCACUGUUGAAUCGGAAUCAUGCAGAAAGAAAAGAUUCUUGUGAACGACUUCGACAACAACUGAAUGAGCUAGAGAAACAGACAGCCAACAAACUUUCUGAAAUGGAUGCUUUUAACUCUCAACUACAGAGUGAGAAAUUGGACGACUUUGUACUUGAGUGCCUUCUCUCUCUGUUGGGCUGUCUCAGCAGCUUGUUCCUUUUAUUGAAGGAGCUGCGAGAAAGCUACAGCAAACAGCAGUUUGCCCUGGAGCAGCUCUAUCGAAUCAAGAAUGAGAAAAUUCAAGCAAUUGAAAAAAAGAAAGCUGAAGAUCAAGCAAGGAAAAAAAAGGAGGAGGAAGCAAUAAGAAAAGCAAAGCAAGAAAAAGAGAAUCUGUGGAAAUCAAAAGUCAAAAGAGAAGAGGAGAUAAGACAGCAGAAGUUAGAGGAAGAACGACUUCGGGACAAAAUCCGUGAGGAAGAAAAUCGGAAAACUGAGGCAUUUGCUGCUAGGCAAAGGGAAAUAGAAGCAGAAAGUAAAAGGCUAACAGAGGAGAAGCAUCGUCGUGAAGCAGAGGAGAAAAAGAGACUUGCACAGCUUCAAAAAGAAGCUGAAGAAGAGAAGAAGAAAGCUCAAACUCUAAGAAAAGCAGAGGAAAAACGCCAGCAAGAAGAAAGGAGAAGACAGGAAAUAAUGAAACAAGAUGAAGCUGAGAAACGUGUCUCGGAGACUGAUGUACAAGAAAAAUUGAAGGAUGUCCUGAAAUACCCUGCUAAACCAACAUAUGGAUCAAGGAAAGAAGCUUCACUUGACAAAAGUAAAGUCACCCUGCCUGGAAAGUCGGCAGUCUUAAUGACGUAUCGAGCAUUAUAUCCAUUUGAGGCAAGAAAUCAUGAUGAACUCAGCUUUCAAGCUGGAGAUCUAAUUGAGGUUGAUGAAACAACUGAAGGGGAAUCAGGCUGGCUGUAUGGUACGAUGCGAGGCAAAUCUGGUUGGUUCCCGGUAAACUACGUAGAGAAAAUAACAGUGUGUGAAGCACCCUUAUCGCCCAAAAGAGCCUUAUUGCCACCUUCAAAACUUCCUUCAACUACCUCAACAUCUCCUGGACCACAUGCUCAAAAUAAAGUGAGUGAUGAUGGGAGUUUUCAAUCAAGUCGUGGUUUCUCUGGGAUUAGUGGCAGUCCCAUUUGGCAGAAAUCUGCUUUUACUCCAACUCUUGCCCCUGGUUCUGGAUCACCAGUUUAUGAUCAGGUUGAAAAUGUAAAAACUUUUAAGGCACUGGCACUUUGUUCGUGGACAGCAAAAAAAGAGAACCAUUUGAAUUUCUCAAAAGAUGAUGUAAUUGAUGUGCUGGAGCAACAGGAUAACUGGUGGUUUGGAGAAGUUCGCGGUGGAAAGGGCUGGUUCCCCAGGUCGUAUGUCAAGAUUAUUGCUGAUCAUGCACAGCCAUCAGCGGAACCAGAACCUGUUUAUGCUAAGGUCAGCAAGAGCUCCAGCCCAAUUUCCCAGCCAGUAGAAGAGUAUAUUGCACUGUAUCCUUACGAAAGUGCUGAAGCUGGAGAUUUAACCUUCGCUGAGGGUGAGAUUGUUUUGGUAACCAAGAAGGAAGGUGAAUGGUGGACUGGAGUUAUUGAAGAUCGAACAGGUGUCUUUCCAUCAAAUUAUGUCAAACCAAAGGAUCCAGAUGGAUCAAGUAGUUCUGGAAGAUUAGGAACGUUCAACAAAAAGCCAGAGAUUGCUCAGGUUGCCUCAGUGUACACUGCAACAGGUACAGAGCAGCUCAGCCUUGUCCCAGGCCAGUUGAUACUUAUUCUGAAGAAAAAUGCUACUGGAUGGUGGCAGGGUGAGUUGCAGGCCAGAGGUAAAAAGCGUCAAAAAGGAUGGUUUCCUGCCAGUCACGUCAAACUCCUGGGGCAAGGUAGUGGCAAAUCCACUCCUGCUCCAACUCCAGUCUGUCAGGUCAUAGCUAUAUACGACUAUACUGCAGUGAAUGAAGAUGAACUCAGUUUCUCUAAAGGGCAAUUCAUUAAUGUGCUAAACAGAGACGAUCCCGAUUGGUGGCAAGGGGAGAUGAAUGGAAUAAAUGGCUUAUUCCCUUCCAAUUAUGUCAAGAUAACCACAGAUUCUGAUCCAAGUCAGCAGUGGUGUGCUGACCUCCAGUCCCUUGAUACCAUGCUACCUAUGGAAAGAAAACGUCAGGGUUAUAUUCAUGAACUGAUUCAGACUGAAGAGAGGUACAUGGAUGAUUUGCAGCUGGUUUUAGAGGUUUUUCAGAAACAAAUGGCUGAAUCCGAGCUUAUCACAGAAGCUGAGCUGGGAACAAUCUUUGUGAACUGGAAAGAACUGAUUAUGUCCAACACCAAGCUGUACAAGGCACUUCGUGUGAGGAAGAAGACUGGUGGGGAGAAGAUGCCAGUGCAGAUGAUUGGAGACAUCUUGGCUACAGAACUGUCACACAUGCAAGCCUACAUCCGGUUUUGCAGCUGUCAGCUAAAUGGUGCAGCUAUCCUUCAGCAGAAAACUGAUGAAGAGCCAGAAUUUAAAGAUUAUCUUAAGAAAUUGGCUUCUGACCCUCGAUGUAAAGGAAUGCCACUAUCCAGCUUCUUAUUGAAGCCAAUGCAAAGAAUUACCCGUUAUCCACUUAUUAUUAAAAAUAUUUUGGAAAACACUCCAGAGAUCCAUGCAGAUCAUAACCAUUUAAAGCUGGCUUUGGAACGGGCAGAGGAACUGUGCUCCCAGGUGAAUGAAGGUGUGCGUGAGAAAGAAAACUCUGACCGACUGGAGUGGAUUCAGUCGCACGUUCAGUGCGAUGGACUGGCAGAGCACAUUGUUUUCAACUCCAUAACAAACUGCUUGGGACCACGAAAGUUGCUGUACAGUGGAAAACUUUACAAAGCAAAGAGCAACAAAGAAUUAUACGGCUUCCUUUUCAAUGAUUUCCUGCUGCUUACCUACAUAGCAAAACAGACGUUUAUUUCAUCAGGCUCCGAAAAAUUGUUCAGCUCUAAGUGUAAUUCUCCGUUUAAAAUGUACAAAACGCCUGUUUUCUUGAAUGAAGUUCUUGUGAAACUGCCAACUGAUCCCUCAAGUGAUGAUCCAGUCUUUCACAUUUCACACAUUGAUAGGGUGUACACACUAAGAGUGGAAUCUUUAAAUGAGAGGACUGCUUGGGUUCAAAAGAUUAAAGCAGCAUCUGAACACUUUAUAGAAACUGAGAAAGGGAAACGUGAAAAAGCUUAUCAAGCCCGCUCACAAAAGACAAGUGGAAUAGGACGACUUCUUGUGAGCAUUAUUGAAGCAACAGAAUUGAAAGCCUGCAGGGCAAAUGGAAAGAGCAAUCCCUACUGUGAAGUCACAAUGGGAUCCCAAUGUUACACGACCAGAACGCUGUCAGAUACUUUGAACCCCAAGUGGAACUUUAACUGCCAAUUCUUUAUCAAGGACAUUUACCAAGACGUAUUGUGUAUAACAGUCUUUGAAAGGGAUCAAUUUUCACCUGAUGAUUUCCUAGGUCGGACAGAGGUUCCAGUAGCAACAAUCAAAAAGGAGCAAGAAGGCAAAGGGCCAACUACAAAGCGCCUUCUUUUGCAUGAAGUCCCAACUGGGGAGGUAUGGGUUCGUCUUGAUCUUCAACUAUAUGAACAGAAGACAUUACUCUGAAAUCGAGGCUUCAAAUCAUUUGAACUUUAACAUUCAGAGACUAAAAUUGUGGCAAUCAUCUAUUGAUGACAAACAAUACUUUUUCUAAAAUUAUGAGGUUUAAUUUGUUGAAUUUCCUCCAUAACAAACGUAUGCUCAGCGAUGGUUAUAGCCAAAUAGGUGCCAGGUUUUUUUUGCUGCGCUAAAAUCACAAAUAUUUUUCCUUUUUGGUUGCCACUUUCUGCCUAUUUUUCUUGCAGUGUAAAUUUCCAGCAAUGAUCAUGGAGGAAUAUUAAAUCCAAGUUUCAGUCAUGAAGACAAAAGGGAAGCCAAAUUAUUUUUCCCUAGUUGAAGAUGGCCUUAUUGGCACAGAACUACUUAAAACAAACUGCACAGUGACUUCACUCCUGAUGGGUCAUUAAACGUGGUAGAAUGGCAGACUUAUUUUCUAUGCAGAGUCUAAGAAGUCAAAUGACAAUUGAGUCUUUGUAAAUAUGUAAACAAACAGCUUUUGCAAUUACUGCAUAUUUCUCUAAUUGUAAGUGUACUUUGGGAAGCAUUUUUGAAGUAACUGAACAGAAUUUGAAUAUACUUUGAACUGAACAUCUUUGAGUAAAAAACAUGGCAUCAUGCAGUAAAUCAACAAUGGUGGUGUACACUGAGUCAUAACUCAAGAUAUUCGCUGGAAUUGUCAGUUGCUAAUAGCUUAACUCUGAAAGAGAGGUCCACAGCUACUGAAGAGAGAUUGAAAAGAUACUUCUGUAGAACUUUGUGCUACAUAAAAACAAAAUGUUUUCUGUACAUUAUAAAAGCAGUACAUUAAGAAAUUUUUACUAUGGCAGCGGUUUUUGUCUACAGUUAAUGUUAUUCUGUUUUCCUCUUGACUUAGUUCCAGAAGUUUGUAACUAAAUCUUAUUCUUGAGAAGUUAUUUCUGCGAUUUAUCUAGCCAUAUGUCAAAAUAUUUGUCCUCUAGAUUACAGAAGCAUACAUGAACUAUACCAAUGGUUUUGUCACUUUGAGCAAAUUUUCUAUAAAUUGGCAGAAGUAGUUUUGUUAUCAUUGGUGUUAGCUUGUAAUUUCAGAUUUUAUAGGUCACAUAUUUUUUCAAAUCAGGCCAUAUUUGAUAACUGGAUUCUCAGGUGCCAGCUUUCAAUAGAUUUGUUUAUAUUGCAUAUUUAGGGCCUUAGUUAAUACUUUUUUCCCCAUGUAUGUGUUGUACUUGUCCAUCCUUAAUUUGUUAUAACAGUACCAGCAGAAAGCCUGCUCAGACUGAAUCAGAGAUUGGUUAACAAAAAGGUGAUGAGGCAGUACUGACUUUGUGCAUUCAAUUUUCUUCUACUCUUAUGAGAAACCACAGUUCAAUUUCGAUCAGACUUCAGGAACCUUUCAUAAAAUUAUUAUUGCAAAGAUAAAAUAUGUUAGAAAUGGCCAGCAGGUUGGUCAAAUUAUGAAAGACAGAUUGGUUCAGGUAGUUAUGCGAAGUUGCACCCAAAACAUUGACCUAACUCAUUCUCAGUUGUUGACUGACUGGUUUUGCCUUUAUUUUCUCGUUUUAUUUAAUAAACUGCCAGCAUUAUUUUUGGCUACAAAGUGAAGGCAUGCACUAAGAUGCAUGCAAGUGAAUUAUUUACCAGUAUCUGUUUCAUUUUUCAUUGUUCUUAACCAAUUUUUUUUGUUAAGAAUCCAUCAAUGUGAAAUAUAUGAAGCAGUUUAAAUGUUAUUCUGCUAUCCUUGUUCCUGCACAGCCUUUCACGUAAUCUUCAUUUCAAGAGUUAUAAGUAACCUUUAUUUGUAACUUACUGCCACACCUUUGUUUUUCUUGCAUGAACAAAACAUUUAUUUUAAAAAAAGAUGUAUUUGUGAUACAUGUGGCAUCACUGCAUUGUGCAAUUAAGUGAUACAAGAACAUUUUAAAAUCACUUUCUGGUAUUCAUUACUGAUGGCAAUUUGAUUCGUUCUUCAUCUGUAUUCUUGAGCCUUGGAAAAUGCAAGAUUAGUUAUUGCAGCUGUAUUUGGUGGAAGGAUGCUAUAAGGUUAUAUAAUGUAUAUGGUCAACAAUAUAAUCUGUACAAUACAGAACUCCUAUAAGCUAAUUUGAGGACCUGUUGGUGCUGUGGAGUCCUUCAUUUUCUACUGUGGAGCACGUCCUGCUACAGUCAGAUAAAGCUUUCACAUGAACUUUGUUGACUUCCAUAUCUGGCAUGAAUCUUUCCUGACUGCCAGGUAGAAUCAAUAAAUGAAAAACACAACAAAAUGCUGAAAGAUCUUUCUUCAUGAGCGUAGUUCAAAACAAUGCCACUGGUGGAUCUAUCUGCCAAGCCACUGAGGAUUCUUUUUCUUAAUUUCACUUACUUUUCUUCAGCAAUAAUUCAACAGGACUGGAAGCAUCUAUGGAAACAAGGUUUCAAAAUGAUUACCCUUUGUAAGGUCAAUAAGCUAUUUUCCUUCUAUUUGAUUGUAUAAACAACAUUUACCAUAAUACCCCUGCAAGCCCGUGUGACAUUUCAGUAUUUUUAUUCUUAAUUCAAAUUGAAUGCAUUAAUUUAAAAAUAAUCAUUGGCAAUUGAUGGCAAAGGUAAGUAAAGAAUCACUGGUAAAGCAUACAAUUGUCUUUCAUGCACCCUUCUUUUCAUUCCUAAAAGUAUUGUAGAAUUCCAGCAGCUUAGAUAGCUUUACAACUGACCAUUCAUUGUGUGUGUGAACAUUUCACUGAACAUUCUGAAUGGAGAAGGGAUCUUGAGGGACAACAUGAACUUUUAGGUAUCUAGUGGAAUGUAACUUUAGGUAAAAUAUUGUGGAAUUUGCUUGAUGUCCUAUCCAAACAAAUUGAGCUACUAAUUACAUAGCUAACACUGCACAGACUAAUUAUUGUUUGCAGAUCUUUCUUCGCAAGUGUAGUUCAAAACAAUACCACUGAUGGAUUUAUCCGCCAAGCCACUGAGGAUUCUUUUUCUUCAUUUCACUUACUUUUCUUCAGCAAUAAUUCAUAAUGUAACUUAAGGGAUGCUAGGUGGACACUGUUACAACUCGGUGAGGAGGAGUGAAUUGGCUCCCUCUUUUUAACCCCAUUGUUGGCCAUAUCAAAAGUUUUAAAUGUUUAGACUGCAGCUAUAUCUCACUUCAAUUAAAACAUUGUACUAGUCAAUAUUAAGGUGCCAAUUACAAGGUUUUGAUGUGACAAAGAGGGAUGUUUACUAAGCCCAAAGAAAAAAAAUAAAGUAACAUCAAACACACACAAACCCAGAUAUAAAGUUUGGAAAGAAAAAUAAAGAAUAGGUACAUUAAUCCUUAACCUGAGGUCAUAGUUGUUUAAUUGAUAUCCUGCAUCCUCAGCAGUGACAACAUCUGUACAUAUCCUUCAGUCCUCGCUGAAUACAUAUAUAACUUGAUCACUGAGCAUUGUUUGUCAAAAGAGAUUGAGAGAAACAAGGAUAGAGAGAUUUUUUUCAGUUCUACUAUUACAAAUCUAUUCUUUUUCUCCCUCCUCUAUCCAAAGUAAAUAUAAUUAAUUUCCAAUUUUACCACUUGCAUAACACUGACUGCUAUUAUCAUUCUAUUGCUAAAAUUGAAACUUGUGGGUAACAAUCUUUAAUGGUUGAUUUUUAUUUUAUCUGGUUGUCAAGCAGGGAUAUUCAAUGAAAGGUGGCAGAGUUCUAGGAUCCCAAUACGUCUCUUCUGAAUGUCUCCCAACAGAGUUCCUGAUAACUGGUAUACUUAGUUUAUAGAGAAAUUAUUUUGGCACCUCUGCUGCUAUCUGUCUGCUGCAGUGUUUGAAAACUACUCUGGCUGUUGCAAUGACUGUACAGCAUCCAGUAAAAUGGCACGAAAUGUCCAAUGUGAGGAUUUUGAUCAUUCUUAAAACCUAAUUUCAAGCAAAGAUGCUACAUCGUUGAACUAUACAAUGAUUGAAUGGUUGCUUCUCUUUCUGGCUGCACUGAAAACAGUCGUUGUACAGUUGGCCAAGCUGCUAGAAAAUUAGUAUUGACUGCCAGACCAUACCACAAUAUGGUGUCUUUAAUGGUUAUCUAAAAUGUUUGCACCUAACUUUUAAAAUUGAAUGUAUAAAAAUCCAAAAUAUCUGUAUGUCUUGCAGCAUUAGUUUUCUUGAGUGCGAAAAUGUAUAUUAUAAAUGAGGGAACAGGGAAUGUCUAAUUUGCCAAAUAUUUUUCUUACCAACACAAGAGCAAUAGCUAUUAGGGUUAUGAAAACACACUGUGGGGAUAUUAAACCUCUUUGAUAAUUCAGUCAAACCACUGUCAAACUGUUACUAGUAUUGAAAACAAGCAUUUUAAAGGGGGUAUGUACUGGAUAUUAAAUAGAUUAAUAUUAGUUUUGGCAUGUAUGUUCUUUUUUGUGUUAAAUCAUGUGAAAUAAUUUUUUAAAGAAUCUUAUUUUUAUGCCACUGCCCAUCCUAUGCAGUCUACUGUAGAUAAUCUCUUUGCACUACUGUGGUAUGUCUCAGUUGCUUCAUAUUUUGUAGACUGAAUUUUAUUGUAUAGUAUUUGGUUUGAUAACAAAUCUCUAUACUGUGUUGUCAAUAAAAUUGACACUUUUAAAUUA